AUGUCGCCAUUGCCAGUUAUCACCUGUGGCAGCACCGACCCCCAGGUUUUAAACGCUGUCAAACCUCUUUACUUACCGGAAUACGAAGUUCUGCAUAAUGUCACCAGUAGCUCUUCGGGGGCAGUUGAGAUACCCCUCUUGCUGCAAGGACUCACCCGUCCCCUCACCGCAAGGCAGAAUUGCGGCAGCAUGGACUGUUCCGAGCUGCCCGUGGCUGUCUUUGCAGGCGCCCUUUAUGGUGAUAAAGAAAUCGACGAGAUGCGCCAGGAGUGCCAAGGGCUCAGUUCUGUGCCUUGGCUAAAGAUAGAUAUGACCGUACCAAUACCACCACUUGGACCGGGGUAUGCAGAGCAUGUUAUGCAGAGAAUCAAAGCCUGUAUGAAGAAGAUCGAAGCCGAAGGAAUGCUAGACCAAGACGGGGUGUGGCUUUAUUGA